AUGUUGGCUUUAUUACCAUUUUUCAUUUUUAUCUUUUCUCGGAUAUGUUCGGGAUAUGUUCUUAGAGGUUUCAUUGAUGACAGAAUACUACCCCUCUCUGAUAAAGAAGUUUCUUUGACAACUGUCCAAUUGUUAAGCGAUUCUUCUAAUGGCGAGCUUCCUUUUCAAGAAACCUACUUGCGUGACACUGAAGGUAACUUCAUUUUUUCUAAUGUUUCUGCCGGAGAAUAUCUUGUUGUUCUUAACUCGGGCUUACUCGAGACUCGUGGUGCUAAGUUGAAGGUUACAAUUUCUCCUGAGCAAGUUACUGUCAAUAGAAUCUUUGAUGGCCAUGACUACAAGUCGGAUGUGGGACCUUCCGCUGAAUAUCCUCUUGUUAUCAAUCCUGUUUUCAGACCACAGUUUGUUGCCCAAAGAGAAUCAUUCAGCAUUUUUAAUUUCCUUAAGAGUCCAAUGAAUCUUAUGAUGAUUGCCUCACUUGCCAUGGUUUUUGUUUUUCCCAAACUUAUGGAAGGAAUCGAUCCAGAAGCGCUUAAAAAGCUACAAGAAGAAAGUAAACAGGCCAAAGAAGGUGGUGGGUCAGAAAAACCAGCCCAACCUGUUGUUACAGCAUCUACAGCCACCGGAAGUUCUACAUCCAAUACCAACCAGGCGAAAAACCGAGGCACCAAGAAGACCCGAUAA